GUCAAGCAAGCGGUGACCAGAGCUGCGCGAUGGCUGCCGCACGGUUGCUGCUGCGCCUUGCCGGGCGCCUGGAGUCUGUGAGCUUCACACAGAGUGUGUGUAGCCUCCUGGGCGCCAGGCAGGAACCCGGGCCGUGGCACACGCACUGCAGCUUAGAGCGAGGACAGAUGGUCCUCUCUAGCACUUCAUUCCCGGGAGCUUCGGAGAGACUUCCAAUCCAGAGACCCCCUUUCUGCCCUUUUGGGGCUCUGGACCAGCAGCCUGAGAUCUCCACAAAUAGAGGUGUGGAGCUGGGUGUGGCAGUCAUUCUUCAAUCCAGUGACCAGACUGUAUUGUUGACCCGAAGGGCAUGUACUCUCCGUGUUUCCCCCAAUCUGUGGGUCCCUCCAGGCGGGCACAUGGAACCUGAUGAAGAGAUACUGGAGUGUGGGCUUCGAGAGCUGUGGGAAGAGUGUGGACUACAGCUGCCCCAGAAUCAGUUUUCUUCUGUCCUUCUGGGGUUUUGGGAGUCUGCCUACCCUCCUAGGCUGAGCUGGGGUUUCCCCAAAUACCAUCACCUCAUUCUCUAUGUCCUGGUGAUCUCCCGGGAGUCACAGGAGCAACUCCAGGCCAGGAUCCAAGUAAAUCCAAAUGAGGUGAAUGCCUUUAUGUGGCUGGGACCAGAUGUAGCAGGGGCUGUGGCUGCCACAGAGGAUGGGACGAAGGCACCUGGACUGCUCUCCCAGGACCUACCACUCUCUGUCUGCACAACUGAACUGAAGGACGAUGGAGGAACCCAGCCUCUGGUCCUGCCCGUGUCCACGCUCAUGCGAGUAACCCCAGCCACAGCAGAAGAGGACAAAGAAAGGGUCAGCACUGGAACCAAGUUUGCCCUCAAGCUCUGGCUGCAACAUCUGGGCAGAUGAAGGUAAAAAUGAAGCUCACAUGGACCCCAGACCAGCAAAUGAAGGCAGGCAGCCGGUGAGGUGGUCUGGCAACCUGAGACCUGAGUCCAGUAGCUGGGAUCGAUCUCUUUCAAGAUGGAAGGAAAGGUCCUACUCCAUAAAGUUGUCCUCUGACUUUCACAUGCACCCAUGGCGCGCAUGCCCGCAUGCACAGUAAUAAACAUUUUAAGUGUU